GCAGGCAGGCGAACCACAGCUCCGCCAGCGGACUGUCAACACUACACACACGCAUCUCUUACAAAGCCUGGCGUGGAGCGGCCACAUUUCUCUUCAACUGAAAGAGCCGAGCGCAGGAAAACUUCUUUUCUUCGAAGACGAUCUCGGUCGCAGCAUGACUUUCAGGUGAUACACAGAAAAAUAAAUCCAGGUGGUGCUUUGGUUGGCCCCAGUGAGACAGCACUAUCUCAGCAGCAGGAGGGACUGUCCUCAGGGCUCUGUGCCCUGGGUCUCUAGUGGAGCCGUGGUGCAUAGGUGGGUAACGUCAGGACUGAGCUGGACAAUGGAGAAGGAAGACAUGAAGAUUGUGAACAAGGGCCAGGAGGAUGAGAUGGAGAUUUCUGGGUACACGCUGUGCCGCUGGAAGCUGGCCCUUGUCGGUGUGGGGGUGGUCUGCACAGGGGGAUUCCUGCUGCUUCUCCUCUACUGGAUGCCGGAGUGGUUUGUGAAGAGCACCUGCACUAGGACUACCAUCAGAGAGGCUAAGAUGGUGCUGCUGAGAUCCACCGAUGAGUUCAGGACGUGGUUUCGAGCGAAGGUGCGAGUCAUGCUGGCUCCCGGGAAGUCUCCCUUUGACAGCCUGGAUUCCCAAGACAACACAACUCUGGCCAACGGUCACACCCCCCACGCCACAGACAGUCCCUCGAGGGGUUUUGUGAAGAAGUACGCCGAGUACCAGCCUGUGCAGGUUCGCUAUUUCACACUCCACAGCACAACAUAUUAUUGGAAUGAUAUGGUCCAGAAUUUUGAAGUACUCAAGGGUCUGGAGGACCUGGAAGUCACCUGCUCCUCCAUCCAUGAUGACCACAGCAUGGGGCUGACCAAAGACCAGCAGGAGUACAGGAGAUUGUUUUUUGGAGUGAAUGAAAUUGCAGUGAAAGUGCCUUCAGUUUUCAAGCUGCUAAUUAAAGAGGUCCUGAACCCUUUCUACAUCUUCCAACUUUUCAGUGUUAUUCUUUGGAGUGCCGAUGAAUAUUACUAUUACGCUGGAGCCAUUGUCUUCAUGUCAGUCAUUUCAAUAGCUACCUCUUUGUACACCAUCAAAAAGCAAUAUGUUAUGCUGCACGACAUGGUGGCAACUCACAGUAUUGUGCGCGUUUCUGUCUGCAGGGCCAAUAAUGAGAUAGAGGAGGCCCUGUCCACAGACCUGGUUCCUGGCGACAUCAUGGUGAUUCCCUCCAAUGGCUCCAUCAUGCCCUGCGAUGCGGUUUUGGUCAGUGGAACGUGUAUUGUCAAUGAAAGCAUGCUCACAGGGGAAAGUGUGCCGGUCACAAAGACCAACCUUCCCAACCCAGGCAAGGGGGUGAAAGGAGCAGAGGAUGACAGCAUCUACAGCACAGAGGAGCACAAGAGACACACGCUAUUCUGCGGGACAAACGUCAUCCAGACCCGCUUUUAUUCAGGGGAGCUCGUCAAGGCUGUAGUGGUUAGGACUGGCUUUAACACUGCAAAAGGGCAGUUGGUGCGCUCAAUCCUGUACCCAAAGCCAACCGAUUUUAAGCUGUACCGCGACGCCUACCUCUUCCUGCUGUGCCUGGUUGGUGUGGCUGGAAUCGGCUUCAUCUACUCCAUCGUCCUCAGCAUCAUGCACAAGGUUCCAGCCAAAUACAUCAUCAUCGAGUCCCUGGACAUCAUCACCAUCACUGUGCCCCCCGCCCUUCCGGCUGCCAUGACUGCUGGGAUUGUCUAUGCCCAGCGCCGCCUCAAGCACAUUGGCAUCUUCUGCAUCAGCCCCCAGAGGAUCAACAUCUGUGGGCAGCUGAAUCUCGUCUGCUUCGACAAGACCGGCACACUAACUGAAGAUGGAUUAGAUCUCUGGGGCAUCCAAAGGGUGGAGAGUGGAAGGUUUCUCUUGUCCGAAGAAAAUGCCUACAAGGAAGCUCUGGUCAAGUCUCACUUUGUGGCCUGCAUGGCGACCUGUCACUCCCUCACCAAGAUCGAGGGAGUGCUCUCCGGAGAUCCACUCGACCUCAAGAUGUUUGAGGCAACUGGUUGGAUUCUGGAGGAAGCCACAGAAGAGGAGACAGCGCUGCACAACCGCAUCAUGCCCACUGUCGUUCGGCCACCUAAGCAGCUGCUUCCUGAGCCUCUGGUUUCCACAGAGCAGGAUAUGGAACUGUAUGAACUUCCACCCUCCUAUGAAAUUGGAAUUGUGCGCCAGUUCCCCUUCUCCUCGGCCCUGCAGAGGAUGAGCGUGGUGGUCAGGCUCUUGGGCGAGAAACGAAUGGACGCCUAUCUGAAGGGGGCCCCUGAGGUCAUUGCUAGCCUUUGCAAAAUGGAAACCGUGCCCGAGAACUUUUCUGACGUUCUGGAGGGCUAUACCAAGCAGGGGUUCCGUGUGAUUGCCCUGGCUCACCGAAAGCUUGAGUCCAAACUCACAUGGCACAAAGUGCAGAACAUCAACAGGGAUGCCAUUGAAGUGAAUAUGGAGUUCCUGGGGAUGAUCGUUAUGCAGAAUAAACUGAAAACUGAGACUCCAGGCGUUCUGGAAGACCUUCGCAGUGCUAACAUACGCACUGUAAUGGUCACAGGUGACAACAUGCUGACUGCUAUAUCAGUGGCACGUGACUGUGGGAUGAUCCUGCCACAGGACCGCGUCAUCAUUGCGGAUGCACUACCUCCAAAAGAUGGCCAGGCGGCCAAGAUUAACUGGCACUAUGCAGACUUCCCCACCAAGCUUGCCAGUGCACCAGCUGCCCACCCAGAUGAGAUUCAGAUAAAACUGGAUGAUGGCAGCCCUGAGGACGAGCUCAACCAUGUGGAACAUUAUCACUUUGCCAUGAGUGGGAAGUCCUUCGCUGUAAUAACAGAGCACUUUCAAGACCUCCUCCAGAAGCUGGUACUACAUGGCACGGUUUUUGCUAGAAUGGCACCCGAUCAGAAGACGCAGCUGGUGGAAGCGCUCCAGAGUGUGGAUUAUUAUGUGGGGAUGUGCGGAGAUGGCGCAAAUGACUGUGGCGCAUUGAAGAGAGCUCACAGUGGGAUCUCCCUGUCUGAACUCGAGGCCUCAGUGGCCUCCCCUUUCACCUCCAAGACACCCAACAUUUCCUGCGUGCCCAGCCUUAUCAGGGAAGGCCGUGCAGCUCUGAUUACCUCUUUCUGCGUGUUCAAGUUCAUGGCUCUGUACAGCAUCAUCCAAUACAUCAGUGUCACCCUGCUUUACUCAAUUCUUAGCAACCUUGGAGACUUCCAGUUCCUCUUCAUUGAUGUAGCAAUCAUUCUUCUUAUUGUCUUCACAAUGAGUUUAAACCCAGCCUGGACAGAGCUAGUGGCACGGAGGCCUCCUUCCGGUCUCAUUUCCGGACCUCUGCUGUUUUCAGUACUCGCUCAAAUCCUCAUCUGCCUGGGCUUCCAAACACUGGCGUUCCUGUGGGUGAAAAGCCAGCCUUGGUAUGAGACGUGGGCACCAGAGUCGGAUGCUUGUAAUAUGUCCAUGUUCACAACUGAGAACAUCACCCAUGGUCAUAACAAAACGGACCAGGAGGAGGAUGACCACAACAUCAAAAACUACGAGAACACUACCCUCUUCUUUGUGUCAUCCUUCCAGUACCUCACUGUGGCCAUCGUGUUCUCCAAAGGGAAGCCAUUUAGGCAGCCAAGCUACAAAAACUGGCCUUUUGUACUGUCAGCAUUCAGUCUUUAUGCCUUCCUGCUCUUCAUACUGUUUUAUCCUAUACAAGCUAUCGAUGACUUCCUGGAGAUUGUGUGUGUUCCAUACAAGUGGCGCAUCACAAUGCUCUUCAUAAUUAUAGUGAACUCUGCAGUGUCUGCUCUGGUGGAGACCUUCAUCCUUGACAUCGUCUUAUGGAAGCUUGUGUUCAGCCGAGACAAGCAAGGCAGCUCUGGCAUCACCUCUGCCUCACAGACACCACAGAUGGGAGUUGAUCUGAGGGGCCCCAAAGUCCUGUCCUGGCUCUGCUGCGGAAAGCGCUGGGAACCGAAGGCCCGCUACAUGCACCUCGCCCAGGAGCUGCUGGUUGACCCAGACUGGCCCCCGAAACCUAAGACCACAACAGAAGCCAAGUCUCACCCCAGCCCUGAAAACGGCUCUUGCCCAAUCAUUUCAGCUUCCUAGCACUUUUCCCCGUUCAAAAAAGGUGACCCAAAACUAUCUUAAGGGGAAGGUUAUGUUUUAGUGGAAAAGGUCUCGAUCAAUAAAAGGUUGAAUACUAGCAACAGGACAACAAUCAGGCCCCUCAUAACUGACCAGCGUUUUUUUCUGUCAUUUCUUAGCAACGGAUCUGGGUCUGUUCCUUCUUUCCUUCAUUGCUGCUCAGUAACUCAUACUGUAAAAAUUAUAGGAAAGGUUUCUAGACUGGGAACUACAGAAUGUUCGCAUCCGAAGCUGGUGGUGGUGGGGGGGUUAUUUGUAUGUCAGUCACCAGAACAAUUGCUUAUUUUCUUUGCGACGGCACUCUUUUAAGUUGAAACCUGAACAGCAGUUCACUUUAGAUACAGCUGGUUUGAGUGAGACUGAUUGUCUGCACUGAAAACACAGUGGAAAGUGAGCUUUUGAACAUGGGUAAUGCAAAUAAAAUGAAAAUAAAAUGGAAUCCUGUGUGUAUUUCAUGCAAGGACGUGAUCAGGGUGUUCUUGCCUUGCUCUAAAGGUAUAGGAUGCUGAAGCCUUAGAGUGACCAUUAGCUGCUCCCCCCGCAAAGCAGUGAACUUUUUUUUAUUCAGCAGUAGUCAGUCGGUCUUGUACAGAUGAUGCCAGGCUCUGGCAUUUUGCUCUCACAAUCUUCAUUGCCUAUUUUUUUAGCAUUGCUUCCUGUGGAAGAACAAUCAAGUAUGAUAAUCAUAUAAGGCUAGGCAUUAUGAAAUUCACAGUUGAAAUGGACUCUUUUGAAGAUCCAGGUUUACUUUUGUCAGAUGUAGACAGAAUCCCAUCAUGUUCAGCAAAGCUUCUAGUGAAGGAACUACCAUACCAUACCUGUAGUGGGCAAUAAGGAUAUAACAAGACCUGGAUUGUGUAUUUUUCUGGUCACAAUGAAGAAUUAACCUAAUUAUAAUUAGUGAGCAGAUUCCUAGUUUCACUAUCUCCUUGAAUUUAUCUGUAGAGUUCAGUGGAUUCUGUGAUUGGUAAAGGUCUGCAGCUGACAGAGCAUGCUGUUUAUUUGUAAGACACUGUCAACAGGUUAUAAACAGCUGAAUUAGGCAGCCUAAACAUAUCUAAAAUUUUCAUUCUUUUUCACUGACUUGAUAUAACCCUUAAUGUUUUUAAAAAAAAGCUUAUUACAAAUUGUAAAAUGUAUUUGACUCUUUUCACCUUUAGCUGUUGUGUUAAGCUCUUCAACAGCCUUUAGGUUAUUAUAUAUCGUGUCUGAAUGGAUAAAACAAAGUUCAUGCUGCGAUCAAAAUAAAACUUUGGAUCAGUUCUGAAAUAUUACUUUACCAAAUAUUGACUUUUGGACAGCAUUUAAAUUAUAGUGUAAAAUAAGAGAAAAUGUAUUAUUUCUAAACUUUUGUACCUAAUGUUCUCUUAUUAAAUAACUAUUAGCACAAAUUGAGCAGUAUCACUAGAGGCAUGUGCCUGUGAAACUCAUGUUUUCAAAGUAGUAAUUUAGUAAUUCAAUAAGAUGCAUUGAAAUAUUCCAGUCAAAUCAAUGUAAAGCCUUCUAAUUAUUUAGUUUCUAUGUAAAUGCAAUCUACUGUAUUUUAUGCAAGAAUUAGUUGAACAUAAUUUGCAUUUUUAAUAGCCUGAUAUGGCUGAAGCCCAAUAUCUGUAUAUUUCUUGGAUUAUUAACUGAAGUUUGAAAAUUAUUUCAAAUAGAUCUCAUUCAUGGACAUACCAUAUGUAGCCAAUGUGCAAUCGACAGUGUGCACACUGUCUUUGGUUAUAGUGGGGGAAAAAAAGGUCAGGGUCCAUAUUCUUAUUUCAAGUCAACAAAUACAGGUGUACCACUGAUAUGUGGAUACUUGCAGUGAUUUUAAAGGCUGUUUUUAGUUUUGGGGAAAAAAGACUGCAGUUUGGUAUCAAGCUACAUUUCCACAAUAUUAUUUUUAGAAACAAAAUCUGUCUAAGCUUGCCAACAAGCUUGAUUACUGUUGUUUGAAUUUACAAUGCACAUGCAGUGCCUGCAAUCAUAGGAGGAGUUGUUUCAUCAUUAUUUUAACGUACAAAGUAAGGAAACAUUUUUUUCUGGCAGUAUUUGUGCAACCACACUACAGAUCUCCAGAACAUACGAAAACCUUAUGUAUGUGUAUAUCUGUCUGUCAGUAGAUAAACUUCAGAUGUGCCUUCAACAGUCAGAGUGGGGAAUGCCACAUAUACAGUAUAAAUUAGCUCCGAGAGCUGUUUUAAGUAUACAGGUCUGUGUAUAAGGAAUAAUGUUCCUUAAAGUUGGACCCCCAAGUCCAAUUCUUUGAUUUUAUCUUAUUUGUACAUGCAUAAGGGACAAGAGUUGUUGUAAUUGCUAUUAAAAUAAUUACUGUAACUUU